AUGCCGCCUAUGACUAUCGGCGACUUGAGACGAAAAGAUCCAACUCCAACUCCCCCAGACACCAAGAAGACGGGACGCACUAUUAGCCAACCGAGUCCCCCCACUCACACACACCGUGAUGAGGAUAAAGGAGACCGUGGAGCUGCCACCGAGGCGAGCAUACCACCUGGCUCCCGAGCGAAGCCCCCAGCACGCUUCACUGACACCGGCACCUGGCCCGACGCCGGCUCGGCCUGUCUGCCGACAAGCCUCCGGACAGGAACAGCUACCAAGAGGCCCACGUCCCGACAGCCAGACUCCAUAGACCUAAACCUGCUCCGGCCCCGCCGCCGCCAGUCCUCUUGCUGCCGCACAAAGCGGACAAAGCGGCCCGGUGCCGGCACCUACCUGGGCGCAGAGGGCACCGGCCGCCAGCUCCCGCGGGAGGCCCGGGACCAUCUGGAGCCGGCGGCCCCGCGGGGCUUGGGGCGGGGCCGAGUCACCCCCUCCCCGCUCGGCGCCAUGGCAACCGCGGCCCCACUCAGUUGUCCCAGUCGCUCCCCGGCUUCAGGGUCGCUGACCUUCCCUGGGGCGAGCGCGACGGAGUCUCAGCGGAUCCAGAGCGCUCCGGCUUUUAUCUGCGAGACGCUCAAGGCCUGGAGCUGCGGCGACGCCGAGCGCGCAGGCGCAAUGAAUGACAUGUGGGCGGGGCGCACGCGCACCGGCAGGAAAGGGCGUCGGUGGAGGCCCGGGUCACCUGUACGCCUGGCAGCUCUGGACGAACUGGAGCUGUCGCUACUGCUUCCAGCGAGCGAUGGAGGGGACGGCUAUGGCCAAAUACAGCCUAUGCUGCCUGGAUUAUCUGCAAAACUGAUGUGGACCUCAGAGGAAGCCAGCUGUCCCCUGGAUAUGUCAGGACGAUCACCAUUCCAGAUAAUUGUCGAGGUUGAUGAAAAGCCCGGAACUCUGAUGACGGAUUGUCUGGCGAUAAAGAAUUUUUUACGCAAAGUCAUCAUAGUGCACCCUAAGAUCGGAUUUCAUUUCAACGUAAAAGUGAAUGGAACCCUGUCCACGGAGACCUUCAGGGUAGAGAAUGAACCCAUUUUCAACCUACCGAAUGGAAUGGCUCUUAUCGUAAAUGAUCAGCUUUAUGUGAGUAGACCAGAAUUUGGUCCAACUGGAUUCCUCGGCAGCAGAAUUCACCCUGUGCCAGGAGAGCCGGUCACACUUUCCAUCCCUGAUGAUGUAGCUGACUUGAGCCUGCUGGGGGAGCUGAUACUGACGCCAGUUGCUGCUCUGUGCCCCUGUCCGAAGGCCUUUUCCAAACAGACCAAAAGGAUUUCUUCACUUUCUAUAUUUCUCUAUGGACCUUCAGGUUUGCCUCUGAUAUUGCCAAGUCAGCAGCAGCCAGCUACUGUCUUCACCGAUAUCUCUUGUUUCAUUGACUGGAAGAAAUACCACUUGUAUGUGGCAUCCAAUUUGGAUUUUAACUUGGACAGAGAUACGGUGCUUCCAGAUAUGAGUUACCAGGUGGAAUCCCUUGAGAGGCAUCUGUCUCAGAACACGGACCCUCAGGGACAGACUCUGCUGCUUUUCCUCUUUGUGGAUUUCCACAGUGGAUUUCCGGUCCAGCAUAUGGAACUCUGGGGAGCCCACACUUUUCUCACAGCCCAUCUCAGUGCCAUCCUCCGGGAGAGCCACGUGGUACGAGACUCCGUGCAGAUGGCCGUGGACCAGGCCCUGGAGCAGCAUCACCAGGCUGCCAAGGCUCAUCAGAAACUGCAGGCCGCCCACGCCGUGGCUGUGGAGUCCAUCCUGAAUGUCGUGAUCGGAAGCACCAGCAACAGCUUCCGAAAGAUGUGUCUCCAGGCCCUUCAGGCAGCUGACACACGAGAGUUGGGGACUAAACUGCAGAGAGCAUUUAACGAACUCACUCAGCACCGAUUUCUUCACCCCUGCUCCUGUGAGGUAAAGCAGCUGCCCCCUGAGGAAAGUGCUGUGGCCCAGAGCCGUGAGGAUACACUUGGGAGCAGAAGCCCGGAGUGCCUUGCAGAUCCAGCUCCGGAGAGACGGGGGAUGCAGAAACCAAAGCUGGUCUGCAACCUCAGCCUGAACCUGAGGGCCCUAGAGUUGCCUGAUGAAAAGGACAAUGGCGGGCAAGGAGAGAUCAAGCGGCGCAGGAGGUGUGUGGAGGAGACGCAGGCCGCCCAGGGCUCUAGCGGCAGGAAGGCUGGGGCGGAGCAGAGGAGGGAACCGCCGCUGGACAGCGCCAACCCCGGAAGCGGCCAGGAGGACGCGCUGUGGCUGCAGGAGGUCGCAAACCUGUCCGAGUGGCUGAGCGCCGGUCCCUGA